UUGUAUGUCCUUCCUCAAGAAGGACUAAAGAACGAGAAUAUCGAAUUUAUCCUUGGUACCCCUUUGAACCAGGUGCUUACUCUCAUUCAACAAAAUGCACGGAUAUUGACCAACGUUGAACUUAUGUAUUCACGGAAGGAUCCUCUUGGGCGAGAUAUUUGUGCAUACUUGGGCAAUGAUGGAAUCCGAUUAGUAUUUCAUCCCGUCACCCAACUUCUUCGGUUGAUUGAGGUCGACAAUCUUUCUCAAAUUGUGCUCAAGUAUAAGGAGAAGAUUUUCUCGGAACCUGGUGCGGAAGUUAGUAUGGACAAGGUCGAUGAAUUUUUUGGUUCCACUCAUCCUGGAGCAUAUGACGAUAAACAGAAGAUCUGUGUCAAAAGUUGGAGAGGGCUGUCGUUCUGUUUCCCGACUGCAGAAAGUGCUAACGUCGAGGUUACCCCUGGCUUUGGUCCGCUACGAUCGCUGAAGUUUGAUAGUGCCACGCAACCGCGGCUCACAAAGAUGUCAAUCUUCAAAGGAACUGCCGUCGGGAAAAACGAGGAAGUCACAAUGCCCCUUGCUGCGUACUGUGGUCAAAAUCGAACCAUUCUGGUAUCAUGUGCUAGGAAGAAUGGAAAAAUAACUGAUGGCAAUGUUACAUCUCGUAUCAACGGCGAGCUCGAAUUGGUCAAGGUGAUGCGAACAAUAUCGUUUGGGGAUUCCGUGGCUAGAGUGUUAUCAGCACUCGGAGCGCCAUCAAAGGUGUUCUACAAGUCUGAGGACAAGAUGUCGAUUCAUCGCGGGGGAUGUAAGGAGACGCUCAGUCCGCAGCCUCACUUCUUUUUCAACUACUUUUCUAUGGGAUUGGUGAGUUUUUUCUUCUCUAUUUCUUUUAUAUUAUCACGGUUGGGAUUAUACUCAAAACUAGGUUACGGCUAUGACUGA